AUGAGUUUACCUACAGCUAGAUCAACAGCUAAAUCAAUUAACGCUCUCUCGUUAUUUAAUCGUUCGUUUAGUCAAUCAUUAUCAAUACUAAAGAAAAAAGGUUCUAUUCCUGCUGAAAGAGUCGAAGAGGAUGAAGUCGACGUAAAUGACCUGCUGAAGAAAGCAGAAGCUCAAUUUAAGAAGACUUUAGAAACACAGAAACAGAAACUGAAUGAAAUAAAACAGGGAAAUUUUAAUCCCAAAGUAUUCAAUAGUUUAACAUUUAGAAACAACCGAAAAUUCACUGAUAUUGCUACCACAUCCUUGAAAGGUAAGAAUGCGCUUUUAAUUACCGUAUUCGAUCCAAAGGAUGUUAAAACUGUAAUCAGCGGGGUGCUUGCAGCAAAUCUGAAUUUGACUCCCGAGAGAGUGCCAAAUAAUGAUUUGCAAUUGAAGGUUUCAUUACCACCACCAACGACAGAAUCCCGCUUAAAAGUAACUAAAGACUUAAAGAGAGUAUUCGAGGAAUACAAGCAAUCCUCGCUAAAAGAUUCAUUAGGAACCAUUAGAGGUAGUAUUUUGAAGGAAUUCAAAAGUUUUAAGAAAGAUGAUGCAGUUAGAAAAGCUGAGCGUGAUUUGGAAAAACUGCACAAAGAUUACGUGGGCAAGCUACAUGACCAAUUUCAGCAAGUGGAGAAAAGUGUUACAAAAUGA